CGAGUCACUCCGGCACCGGGAGCUGCCGCGACAGCUGGGGGGUGGCGUGGGACAUCGCGCCGUGACCUGAGCCGUGCCCUGAGCCUCGACGCCGGACCCCAUGGCGACGCCUUCCCAGAAAAGGAGCACCCGCAGCGGGGCUUCGGGGACCCCCUUGUCCCCCACGCGCAUCACCCGCCUGCAGGAGAAGGAGGACCUGCAGGAGCUCAAUGACCGCUUGGCCGUCUACAUCGACAAGGUGCGCUCGCUGGAGCUGGAGAACGCCGGCCUGAGGCUCCGCAUCACCGAGUCCGAGGAGGUGGUGAGCCGCGAGGUCUCGGGCAUCAAGGCUGCCUACGAGUCGGAGCUGGCGGAUGCCCGCAAGACCUUGGAUUCGGUGGCCAAGGAGAGAGCGCGGCUGCAGCUGGAGCUCAGUAAAGUCCGGGAGGAGCACAAGGAGCUGAAAGCGCGGAAUGCCAAGAAGGAAGGGGACCUGCUGACUGCCCAGGCACGCCUUAAGGAUGUGGAGGCUUUGCUUAAUUCCAAGGAGGCUGCGCUCUCCACGGCCCUGGGUGAGAAGAGGAAUCUGGAAACUGAAGUGCGGGACCUGAGGGGACAGGUGGCCAAGCUGGAAAGCGCCUUGAGCGAAGCCAAGAAGCAGCUGCAGGACGAGAUGCUGCGGCGCGUGGAUGCCGAGAACCGGCUGCAGACCCUGAAGGAGGAGCUGGAAUUCCAGAAGAACAUCUACAGCGAGGAGCUGCGCGAGACCAAGCGGCGCCACGAGACGCGGCUGGUGGAGAUCGACAACGGGCGGCAGCGCGAGUUCGAGAGCAAACUGUCGGAGGCGCUGCAGGAGCUGCGCAGCCAGCACGAGGCCCAGAUCCGCCUCUACAAGGAGGAGCUGGAGAAAACCUACGGGGCCAAGCUGGAGAAUGCCAAGCAGUCAGCUGAGAGGAACAGCAACAUGGUGGGGGCGGCCCACGAGGAGCUGCAGCAGACCCGCAUCCGCAUUGACAACCUCUCCUCAGAAGUCAGCCAGCUGCAGAAGCAGCUGGCUGCCAAGGAAGCGAAGCUGCACGAUCUGGAGGACAUUCUGGCCAGGGAACGCGAGACCAACCGGCGCCUGCUGUCUGACAAGGAGCGGGAGAUGGCCGAGAUGAGGGCACGCAUGCAGCAGCAGCUGGAUGAGUACCAGGAGCUGCUGGACAUCAAGCUGGCCCUGGACAUGGAGAUCAAUGCCUACCGCAAGCUGCUGGAGGGCGAGGAGGAGCGGCUGAGGCUGUCCCCCAGCCCUUCAUCCCACAAAGGUGCAUCCCGAAGCCACAUGUCCACCCCAGGCUCCUCCAAGAAGCGGAAGCUGGAGGACAGUGAGAGCAGGACCAGCUUCUCCCACCAUGCCCGGACCAGUGGCCGUGUCGGUGUGGAGGAGGUGGACUUGGAGGGCAAGUUUGUCCGUCUCAGGAACAAGUCCAACGAGGACCAGGCAAUGGGGAACUGGCAGAUCAAGCGGCAGAACGGGGACGAUCCCCCCCUCACCUACCGCUUCCCCCCAAAGUUCACCCUGAAGGCUGGCCAGGUGGUCACGAUCUGGGCCUCAGGAGCUGGAGCCACCCACAGCCCCCCCAGCAAUUUGGUGUGGAAAGCCCAGAGCAGCUGGGGCUCCGGGGACAGCCUGCGCACCGCCCUCAUCAACUCCAGCGGGGAGGAGGUGGCCAUGCGGAAACUGGUCCGCACCGUGAUCAUCAACGACGACGAGGAUGAGGAUGAUGAUGACAUGAGCAUCCACCACCGCCAUCACCAUGGCUGCGGCGGCUCGGGGGACCCCGGCGAGUACAACCUGCGCUCGCGCACCGUGGUGUGCGGCACCUGCGGCCAGCCGGCCGACAAGGCGGGCUCGCAGGGCGCGGGCGUGGCCACCAUGUCCUCGGGCUCGUCCAGCUCCAGCGUCACCGUCACCCGCAGCUACCGCAGCAUGGGCGACUCGGGCAUCGGCCUGGGGGACAGCCUGGUGUCCAGGAACUACCUGCUGGGGAGCUCCAGCCCUCGCAGGCAGGCUCAGGCUGUGCAGAACUGCAGCAUCAUGUAAUUCCAUGGAGCAUUCCUGUGGUUCCUGCCUGUCUCCAGCUAGGUUUUUUUUUUUCUUCCCAAAGCAACAGAAUUUUUUUUUCUUCCCUUAAAAAACCAAGAUAUCAAAAACCAAGGUUGAUUUUUUUGUUUUCU